AUGCUCUUCCUGCUGAUUGCUGCUGCCCUCAUCUGCAGUAAAGCUGCAGCGAAUUCGCCUUGCAGUAGCCUCUACGUCUCGUAUGAUUUGUCAGCGAAUUUUAACGAAACGAUCGCCCACAGCAUUCACUCCAUGACUGUACAGGGACUUCGUUUGUUUAACCCACGAGCGACCGAAGACAACCGCGUACCGACCGUAAACCAUGAUAUCCACGACGAGGUAACUUCUUUUAGUUAUACUUUUUUAUUAUCAUUUUCGUAAAUCCUCUUGCAAUAACAGUAACAGAGCCUCAAUCACCCAUGGGUAAGGGGGGAGGAGGGGGAGGGGCACUCCCUUAUUUGGCCUAAACGGUUAUGUGCUGCUGAAUAGGAUAUGUUUUGCACGACCUUGACGCAAAACAAAACGAACCAGGGUCAUAAAAUGAGGUCUCUUGCCUUAAACAAAGCAGCGAAAUAAGCAAUUUUUGCCUUCAACAGGCGCAGGGUUUGAAGGCCUCCGUGGCACACCUCUACCCAAACUUCCCUUGAGUGCCUUCCCCUCCCCCCCCCCCCCGAUUGAAUCUGCAACAGAAAUGUUAGACGGGGAGGAAGGCGAGAAAAUCGAGUUAAAACCGUAGACUGUUACUAUCGAUGUUUAUUUUAUUGCACUGAACAUCGCUCAACUCCUCUUCUUGCCUCAGCAGCCAUAAGGAUCUCGAGGAUCGAAACUGCCAUCGAAACAAAUUUCCAACUGAAAUUUCUCACUCCUACAUCAUCCCUUUGAAGAAGACAUGUUUUUAUACUCUCUUGAGAAUAUUCCUUCUUAAUUCUCUGUUCAAAGGUGAAAGGUCAGAAAUGGUUGGGCAAUAAGUAAGUGGUGAUGAACCUGUUUCUAAAAAAACACACAGAAUUUCCACUCUGAAAACCAAAAAACAAAUCAUUUUAUGUCUGAAGAACGUAAGUGUUUUCGAUUUUCUGAGACGAGUAAAAGUAAAUUUAGACGGAUUCAACUACAACCUUUAAAAUAUGUUCGUGAAAACCGUGAAAACAGUUUAGUUUUCCACCUUUGUUCUAUCUAGCUUUAAGUCCUGGUCUCAUGCAGGCCCGUAGCAAGCAUAAAAUGACUGGGGGGGCUGAGCGAGUGGCCCACAUUAACUCCCCCCCGCUUCGGUCCCUCGGUUAAAGCAUACUUCUUAGUACGUGUCAGUUCACUACAUUUGUCUACAGCACCUUUUGUUCUUGUCUCUAAUUUUCCGUUUGUGUUGACUUUGAGGAAAUUGAGAACUUGUUUGGGAUAUCAUUCGCGGAAAAUUUGCCAAACAAGUGCUUUCCAACGAAGUCAUUAGCUACGUUUACAAGGUCAGAGCGUCUGUUCUGUCCUUGUGAACAUGCAACAUCAUGAGGUGGUUCAGUCUAGAGUCUCCCGUUGUUGAGCGCAAAUACGUCUUCACCUGCUUUAAAGCUGAAAACGAUCUUUCACUAACGGAGAGAGUAAAAAUUUCGCUUAAUAGUUUUCUGCGGGAGCUAUCAAGGGACUGCAAGAAGGUUACCACAUCAUUGACGUCAAAUUCUGAAGUGUCAAACCCCACUGACUCUGCUGUCUGUGGUAAAAGCAAGCGUUGUUCUUUACACUUGAAAGAUAUUUUAAAGCUGUUGGUUGUUUUUGGCAGAGCAAAAAUACGAUUUCGUUCAUUUACACAAUUCUAGAUUGCACAGAAGAACAACAGUACAUAAUCUUACUAUGAUCGACAAUAAUUUGAAAUUUUAGCUUCCAUUGACAGCUGUCCAUUUUAGUAGAAAAAUUCCACUUUUGUAGCAGAAUUUAAUUCAAGUCUGAAAAUUUCUGGGGCCUGCCCCUCCCCCUCCCCCUGCUACGGGCCUGUCUCAUGUGUUUCCUAGCUUAUUGCCAAAUAUUCGGAAAUUGAAUGUAGCCGCCUGUAGCCCGGGAUUGACGGAUGUUACUAAAACGGGGAACGGGGAGCGGGGAGCGGGGAACGGGGAACGGAAGUCUGGGAACGAGUUGUCAGCGGAAACCUCCAUAAAAAUCCAAAAUGGCCGGUAAGGAUCAAGGACCCGGUAAGAUCGAUGAUAGAGAAGCGUCGAAACAACACUUAAGGUCGCUAUUUUACUAAUGAACUAUAUGCUCAUGAGGUGCUUGAAAUAAUACGGAGGUAAUAAUGUCAUGACAUUUUUCACCUUUUUGCGUUUUACUAAACAACAAAAUAUGCUUCAACAGCAGUUGAAAGAAGCUACAGUCGGGACAAAAACUCUCAAAGCACAGCCAUAUUUGGAACUCAAGCGAAUCUAUACUGGGUCUAAGUCACAAAGCAAUGAACUACUUUUGCUUGACGCUUUUCGUAGGGUUUUGGCUUAAAUACAUGCUGAAAGAUAACGUAGAUCGAAGCAGCCAGGUGUAUUUCCUCGACAGUAAUAGUGUAGCAGUGGAGCUCCUUCUUAGCUGUAGCGUUUUUUCAAGCCCAAAUUAAAACAUGUUGGCGAUGAGAUAAAACUGUAAGUCUAAUAAUAUUAUAUUUACAAACCUAUGAUGAGAAGUAAGUGCAAUUGUAUUAUUUGAAAAGAUAAGAUGGAUCAGGUUAUUUAAUACAUCAAUAAAAGGCAACUUUAAACAUAUUAACGGGGAAUGUGCCAGGAACAUCAAUCAUACCUUGGUCUUAAUGAAAUCAGUUGUUUCAAAGCAAAUGGCUAUGCUGUGGUUUUAUUUAAUUAUAACCUAGGUUUAAAUUUUGCUUCCCUUUGUUUGGGGGUACGGUAAUAUGAAUUUUAUGAUUAUGAGUUCAAAACAAAGAGAAUAAAAUUCAAACUUAGGAUAAAAGUGAACCACAACUGAGCUGCAAUAUUAAGUGUUGCAAGUAUACGUGGGGGAAGUACUUUGAAGUCUUUGGUUGGAAGGUACUUUCUAAAGGCUAGCUGUUAAAAUAUGCAUGGUAAGUAUACUUCCUCUGUUUAGCCCUGUGGAUGCUUAUUUUUUUUCUAGGGGCACUCCUUUAAUGUUUUUGCAGAGGGGAGCUCUGCUUCUCUUUAAUGAACAUUAUUUUUACUGUGGAGAAAAAUAUUUCAAGCUCAGUGUAAAACUGAAUGUGUCAGUGACUUAAACCAGUUAAUAUUGUCAAGCUGCUUUAUUAGCUUGAUUCAGUAAUAUUGCAGUGCACCUACCAUCAAGCAUCACAUCAUCAAUGUUGCAGAGGCUGGCAGCUUAUUAGAAGGUGGUUGAUAAGCCUUCAAGCAAGCUGUCUGUAGUUUUGGAAAUAAAGAGUCUAAGGUCUCACACAAGUGAUGGGAGGCAAAAGAUUGGAGUGCCGAUAUGUUUUUCAGUAAACACGCGCAACUGUAUGUGUAUAGUUUCCACAUUACGCUUACUCAAUGCAUGUAAAAUAACACAAUAGAUCUUGCUACCCAUUUUCCCUGAUUUUAUUUCCCCUCCAGGGGACAUAAUUUCUUUUAACAUAUCGGGGUUUUCAAAAAAGGGGCAAGAAGCUUUUAAAUGAAUUUUAAUUCAUUUAAUGAAGCACUGUAUCAAAGAAAUUAAAGAGAAGAAUCAGACUAGAGUAACAGUAACCCAGAGGGAAGGGGGGGGGUACUCAUCAAAGAGGCUCUGCUCCAGGGACCAACCCUUUACCAUUUGUAUGUACCAUUUUAGACAGAAAAGGUACCCCUUUUGUAUACCCUCUAGUGACAAAUGGUACCCCUUUCACAUACCUAAUUUUGAACGCUGCAUCCCUUUUUAACUGCUGUAAAUACACCAUCUUUACAAAAACAGGUUUUCUUGUCUGUCACAUCCAUAAAAUGCAUCUGUGACUGAUCUCAUGUUGGUCCCUUUCAUAUACUUCAACUAUAAAAACCCCUUCCCUUUCAUGUACCUGAAGCCUGAAAAAGGCUUCAGGCUCUGUUUAGGUCAUUAUAGUACCCCCUCCUCCUGCACCGAGAACAGUACUUGAUACAGCGAUAUUGUAUGGUAUGAAUUGCGCCAAACGUUUCGUCCCCAUGAAGAGGUACUUUGAUUAUUUUACGACAAUUUUCUUCAAAAGGGAGGGGUUUGGGAUCUCAUUCUUAGGGGGGCGGGGGGUUAAUUGAGGAUCUGCAGUGAGUGAGAAUGUUGCAUUCAAUGCCAUCCAAUAGUUUUGAUUCAGGAAAGGGUCGUCAGGGGUAUUUCGCAGAAAGACAAAUGGCCACUGUACGACUUUGAAGCAGUUACUGAUUAGGGUGAGGAAAAUGAGUGAAUUAGGUUCCAUUAGGGUCAUUAUACUGGUCUAUACUGGGCAAACUGACCUGAAACAAAUUGUUUCACAAAAUAAUAAAAUGAUAUUAUUUUAUUUUCAUGGAUCAGUGAAACACUUCAAUAUCAUGAAUGCUUGCAGUGUAGUAGAUCUAAUAAUAUUAAAAGCAGAACCAGAUUGUUAAAGUAGUCUUACUAAUUAUGUGAUGACGUGGUCAAUAACAUUUUUCAAAGCAGUCAUCUCUAUCAAAGGAAAUAGAAGAAGUUUGCACACAAGCUACUUGACUACUUCGAUGUAUGUUAUCUAUCAUGGAAAAGUAGUUAAUUGCUUUGUGGGCUAGACUCAGUAUAGAUUCGCUUGAGUUCCAAAUAUGGCUGUACAUGUGCUUUGAGAGUUUUUGUCCCGAUUGGCUUCUUUCAACUGCUGUUGGAGCACAUUUUGUUUCCUACGGAUAAUUGUUUAGUAAAACGCAAAAAGGUGAAAAACGUCAUGAAGUUAUUACCUCCGUAUUAUUUCAAGCACCUCAUGAGCAUAUAGUUCAAGUAACGUAACGCCGUUAUCGGUUAAGUUUGUUUCGACGGUUCUCUAUCAUCGAUCAUCGGCCAUAUUGGAUUUUUAUGGAGGUUUCCGCUGACAACUCGUUCCCAGACUUCCGUUCCCCGUUCCCCGCUCCCCGCUCCCCGUUCCCCGUUUUAGUAACAUCCGGGAUUGACGGCAAUAUUGUGUGGAUUUUACCAACUGAAGUACUGAAUUGUUCCGCUCUUGGUACGAGUUGGAACAAGAGUAUCUUAUUACUAAACUCUAAAAGGUCAUUGUUCAAGGUCACAAAAACACAACCUCGAGAGGUUGACAAAAAUCAUCUCUUAGCUAUGCAGCAAAAAAAGAUAAGAGAAGGUUUUAAAUUUUUUUUCAGUUCCUCAGGCUUUUUUCCCGACCGAUGUGACCGAUGUCUGAACUUAACCUUCAUCACUGAAAGCUUUUAACGCCGUGGAUUUCGUUCUUCGGAUUCUAGGUACUGGAUUUUCCGGAAUCUUUGUCAGUGGAACUUUGAUUCCGGAUUCCGAUCGUAAGAGGGAUUCUGGAUUCCUUGAACUGUAUUCCGAAUUCCAGUGCCCAGGAUUCCAGAUAUCACCAGCAAAAAUUUCUCUGAUUCCAGAAUCCAGUUUCACUUACAUGGGGCGACCUUUACUAGUCUCUUGGAAUAGUUUCCUUUCUCCUCACUCCCACUAAACCACCGUCUUAGGAUGUUACUACAAAUUCUUAUCUUUUCAUGUUUUCCUUUCUCUAGAAACACCUUGUGCUACCCUAUGCCCCAGAGGACCCCUACGAAGAAGAUUUCAGCACGGAGGCAAUGAACAUUAUGGACGCCAUUUUAAGCCGCAUCGGUUUGGAUGAUGAUGGUCUGGGUCCGAACUGA